CACAAAAACCCUGGAAGUGCGAAUUGAGACGUAUUACGCAUGAUUUUUAACAGCUCAGCAAGGUUAACCCCAAAGACAUCUGUUCUACCUGAUCACACCUGAGAGGAAAUGACUGGCUCCAGGAUUUAAGGAGUAGCCCCGUAAUGUCAGACUUCACCUGGGGCAGUCGUCUGAGGCUCCGCUGAGCAGAUUGUGGCGUUGUCGAAGGCGGACUUCCAAUUCCAGGUGUGUAAACCACACCAGACUUGACUCACCUGACAUCAUCCCUGCCCUACCCCCCCUCUUCCUGUUUGAGCACAGCGCCCCCUCGGCUUAUUUUCCCACCUCAUCUUCUCAGUAAUCCCGGCACUCACGACACCUCUCGUUUCUUCCCCCAUGGAGCCACUCGAGAGGUGGGAGAAGAGACGCUGAUUAAUGUGACUCUCUCUCCCAGCAAGCCCGGUUCCCCCUGCACUAGAAAUAGAACGCCGCAAGGAAAAAAGCGGCGGAGGCGGCGCUCGUGAACUGUCGUCCCGUGGACCGAGAGAAGCACCAUGUGGAAUCAAUCUGGAUACUGCAAUCACAUACCUCACCACGGGUAUCCCUUCUACCAUGCGCCCUGCAGUCAUAACCAGAGGAUCACGGCGUUUCGCCAUCCUACGAGCGGGCAGAUUUCUGCAGAGAACAUGGAUUUCAUCCUGCAAGAACAGCCGCAGGGUGCUUCCAUGAUGUCCAAACCCGGCGGUGAGCAGCUCUCCAGCACAACCAUCAGCGAGGCCUCUACUGCCAUCACCUCCUCCACUGUGGACACCAAGGGCUCCCGGCCCACUGGAAGGGUGCACAGCUUUGGGAAGAGAGAGCAGGCCAUUAAAAGGAAUCCCAACGUUCCUGUGGUGGUGCGAGGAUGGCUGUACAAACAGGACAGCUCCGGGAUGCGCCUGUGGAAGAGGAAGUGGUUCGUCUUGGCUGAUUUCUGCCUGUUCUACUACAAAGACAGCAGAGAGGAAGCGGUGCUCGGCAGUAUCCCGCUGCCCAGCUAUGUCAUUUCACCCGUGGGACCCGAGGACCACAUCAGCCGCAAGUAUGCCUUCAAGGCCGGCCACACCGGUAUGCGUGCGUACAUUUACAAGCAGAGCUCUGUGAUUGGCUCGCAGGCGGAGCACACCGGCAUGCGGACGUACUACUUCAGCGCCGACACCCAGGAGGACAUGAGCACCUGGCUGAGGGCCAUGAACCAGGCCACACUGAUGCAGAACCACACCAACACGCUCGUCAGGCCUUCCGACAAGUUGGAGACGUUCAACCAGUUGCAGCAGCAGCAGGCCGUCCCGCAGGCGAACCACGUGAACCACCGCAAGUCCUCCGACCCCGCGAGGCCCGUCGUCCACGAGGUCCUCCUGGAGCCCGCGCGCCGCGACGCCGACGAGUGCUGCAGCUUCCACAGGGAAUCCCCGGCCGAAAUGGACACGCACGCCUCCCUGCCCUCCAACCCCGCGCCCUCCGCCCUGCCGCAGUUCGACCGCGCGUCGGCCUCGGCGCCCGUGUCCAGGGUCCCGUCCCGGGCGCCGUCGCGAGCCGCCUCCACGCUGCCCUCCGGCGCCUGCGCCAGGAACGGCCUCGUGUCCACGCCCAGCCCCAUCCUGGAGCCCAACGGGAUCGCGGCGGGGACGUACCAGAGGGCGACGCCGGCCACGCCCCCCGCCGACCUGCACCAGCAGGUGCGCAGGAGAAGCACCCUGGAGCAAGUGGAGCAGUGGGUGAAAGUGCAGAAAGGCAGCCCCCCGUCCAGAGAGAACACGCUCCCUCGCCGCACGCCGCCCACGCAGCACAAGUUCACCUCCAUCGACGCAUAUCAGACGCUGCCAAAGACGCCCCGCCAGAGCCCCGCGUCGGCCCGACGUGGCGAGUACAAGUACGCCCAGGACCGCCUCAGCCACUUCCGCCUGGCCCCCGACCCGGGGCCCAACACCGUGUGGCAGCUGUACGAGUGGCAGCAGCGCCACCAGUACCGCCACGGCAGCCCCACGGCGCCGCUCUACACUCCGGCCCCGGACUACCCGUUCGGGCCCCGCCCGCCGUCCGCCGUGCCUCCGCCCAGGUCCGAGGGUCCGUCGCCGCGCUGCGUGUCGGUGCCGCCGUCCCCGGCGGACAUCCCCGGCAGCAGCAGGACCCUGUCGCCCGCGCGGAGGCCGCACACGCCGGCCGAACGGGUGACGGUGCGGCCGGCGGGCGAGAGGUCGGCGGCGGACGUCGCCUUCGCCGCGUCGCCCCGCAGGACCAAAUCCCAGCUGCUCAAGGUGAGAAUGAAAAAGGCUGCUACUCUCGACAGAAGGUCAAUGCCUCCAUCCGGCUACAUCACACACACAGUCAGUGCUCCCAGCCUUCAUGGCAAAACGAGCGACGACACCUACAUGCUGCUGAAGAAGGACCUGGAGUACCUGGACCUGAAGGUGACUGGGAGUCAGACGCUGAAGGAGUCGGGGAAACCCGUCAAGGUGGCGGAAAGCGACGUGGACGUGAAGCUAAGUCGGCUGUGUGAGCAGGACAAGAUCCUCAAGGACCUGGAGGCGAGGAUCAGCUCCCUGAAGGAGGACAAGGACAAGCUGGAGAGUGUACUGGACGUGUCCCACCACCAGAUGGAGCAGUACCAGGAGCAGCCGGCCCACGCCCACAAGAUCGCCUACCAGCAGAGGCUGCUGCAGGAAGACCUGGUGUCCAUCCGGGCCCAGAUAUCACGCCUCUCCACGGAGAUGGCUCGCGCCUGGGAGGAGUACAACAUGCUGGAGAGGUCCGUGGAGCAGCUGAGGACGGUGCUGCAGGCACACAUGAACCACAGCGCCACCCCUCAGCAAGAGAAAUCUGAGAUGAAGCGCGAGCUGUGGAGGAUCGAGGACGUGAUGGGGGGGCUGAGCGCCAGCAAAGCCAACUACAAGAUCACCGUCGACUCGGUCCAGAAUCCAGAGAGGAAACUCGUGCCUUCGGUGUCGGUCCCGGCGGCGCCUUCUUUCAGCUCGGAGGUCCGGCCGCCGCCUCGCAGCUUCCUGUCCCACACGCUGCCUCACAGCACCGUGCCAAAGUGGGCGGAGGACAGCGCCCCCCCCAGGCCGCCGCUGCCCCGCCUCUGCGACUACGAGGAGACGCCGCCCGCGGUGCCGCCCCUCCCCAAGGAGGCCUCGGUCAUCCGCCACACGUCGGUGCGCGGGCUCAAGCGCCAAUCGGACGAGAGGAAGCGGGACAGGGAGGGCGGGCAGUACGUCGCCAACGGAGACGGGCAGGCGGACUUGCGGUCAUACGUGAGUGAACCGGAGCUGCCGGGUCUGAGCCACCAGAGCGCCGCGUCUGACGCGGACUACCAGUACAUCCAGGGCACAGGUCUGUCCGGCUGCUCCUUUCGACCCAACCAGUCCCACUCCAUCGCGUCCUACGUCACCCUGAGGAGAAGCCCGGGGAGCGCCGCGGCCAGGGAGAGACCCAAGAGUGCCUUGGAGCGCCUGUCGUCGCCCACAGAGCCCCCGCAGCCCCCGAGCGGCCCUCCGCGGGGUCGGAUGACCGCGGAGGAGCAGCUGGAGCGGAUGAAGCGCCACCAGAGGGCGCUGGUUCGCGAGCGCAAGAGGAACCUCAGCCAGGGCGAGCGCUCCUCCUCCUCCAGGCUGCCCUCCGUCACCUGCGACCCUCCGGCCUCCGUGUUUGAUUGGCAGGAGGAGGAGCGACUCGCUGCCGAGGGCCAGAGCGACGAAGGGUGGAGCCAAGUGAAGGAGAGAGGGAGGAGGAUCCGGUCGGAGGAGUGGACGACGGCGACGGCCAAUCGCGUACGAGAGGUGGACGUGGAGCCUCUGGACUACGACCUGGACAUCAGCCGCGAGCUGUCCAGACCGCGGAAGGUCCCCAUCCCGGAGCGCUACGUGGAGUCCGACCCCGAUGACCCCCUGACCCCGGAGGAGCUGGAGGAGCGCUCCCGUCGGGCCGAGCGCAUCAAGAACCUCCUGGCCAAGUCCAGUUUCCGGAACGUCCGGCCGUCCGCACCGCUGGACUUCAGCGAACUGGACUCGGCCCUCCAGCAGCAGGAGAGGAUCAUGGACGUGUCCCAGGCUCUGGCCUCCGAGGCCUCGCGCAAGAGCAAACUGGUCGCAGCCAGAGCUGCAUCCCAACGCUGAGCCACACAGCGCACAACGGGAGGAAGAGGAGGAAGAGGAGGAAGAGAGGAAGAGGAGGAAGAGAGGAAGAGAGGAAGAGAGGAGGAAGAGGAGGAAGAGGAGGAAGAGAGGAAGAGAGGAAGAGGACCUCCUCCACCAACGGAUUCACUUGUAACCAAAUCUAUUUACGAGUGAGCACAAGACACAUUUCUUGAGUUUUGAUUCCUUGUUUUGAAAUAGAAUAAUUUCUUGCUACCGCACAAUUAAGCAAUAAUAAUUUAUAACACGAGUGAAUUGCUUUUUUUUUAUUUAAUUUUUUUUAUUUUAAAAUCUGCAAUUAGCUGUUUUUGUAGAUUUUAUGAGUGAAAAGAAAGAGGAAAUGCCAACUGCAGGAGGAAUGUUUUCACGUGAGAACAAUAUUUAUUACACUGUUCACUCAACUUCUACUGUACAUUUUUCUAAAGAGCAACGAUCACCGUCCUGUCAAUCAACUCAAAUGCAUCGUGAUAUAAUAUGAAUUAAAACAAGUUAAUUAUU